UUUAACUGCGUGUGCGUGUCCUCGGUCCUUCCCCAGUUCUGCGAGGAGUUCAAGGAGAAGUGCCCCAUCUGUGUGCCCUGUGGGCUGAAGCUGGCGGAGAAGACGCAGACGGCCAUCGUCCGGCACUUCGGCCUGCAGAUCCUGGAGCAUGUGGUCAAGUUCCGCUGGAACAAUAUGCCUCGCCUAGAAAAAGUUUAUCUAAAGAACAAUGUCAUGGGCCUCAUAUCCAGUGGAACUCAGAGUAUUCUGGAGGAGGAAAGUCACAUUAAGGAUGUUCUGUCUCGCAUUGUGGUGGAGAUGAUCAAGCGUGAAUGGCCCCAGCACUGGCCUGACAUGCUGAAGGAGCUGGAUACCCUCUCCAAGCAAGGGGAAACUCAGACAGAACUGGUGAUGUUCAUCCUCCUACGUUUGGCAGAGGAUGUGGUGACUUUUCAAACUCUGCCUACCCAGCGACGACGAGAUAUCCAGCAAACCCUCACCCAGAACAUGGAGAAGAUCUUCAGCUUCCUACUAACUACCUUGCAGCAGAACGUCAACAAGUACAGGCGCAUGGUUGGAGCACCCCAGGAACAAGAAGCCCUCACCACUCCACAGAAGGCUGAUCUGGCUCAGGAGCCAAAGGCCCAGGCAAACUGCCGCGUGGGGAUAGCAGCACUCAACACCUUGGCUGGCUACAUUGACUGGGUGGCCCUGAGCCACAUCACAGCAGACAACUGCAAGCUCUUGGAGAUGUUGUGUCUGCUCCUAAAUGAACCUGAGCUCCAAAUAGGAGCAGCAGAGUCAUUAACUUUUUUUUUCCCCCACUUUAUACACUGCAAAGUGGGAAUUAUUGUCACCAGCAGUGUCAUCUGGCAGCUCAGAGCAAUGACAGCAGGAUCUGAACAGGGUAAGCUGGAGGAUCGUAAGCCUCUGAUGGUCUUGUUUGGAGAUGUUGCCAUGCACUACAUUCUCUCUGCUGCCCAGACAGCAGAUGGAGAAGGCCUGGUGGAGAAGCACUAUGUUUUCUUGAAGAGACUUUGCCAAGUUUUGUGUGCGUUGGGCAGCCAGCUAUGUGCGUUGCUAGGCUCAGAUUCUGAUGUGGAGACGCCAACCAACUUUGGAAAGUACCUUGACUCCUUUUUAGCCUUCACAACCCAUCCCAGCCAGUUUCUGCGCUCUUCCACCCAGAUCACAUGGGGAGCCCUCUUUCGGCACGAAGUUCUGUCUCGCGACCCCUUGCUGCUGGCUAUGAUUCCCAAGUAUCUCCGUGCAUCUAUGACCAACCUAGUGAAGGUGGGCUUUCCCUCUAAAACAGACAGUGCCAGUUGUGAAUACUCCCGCUUUGAUUUUGACAGUGAUGAGGACUUCAAUGCCUUCUUCAACUCUUUCCGAGCCCAGCAGGGGGAGGUGAUGAGGAUGGCUUGUCGUCUGGAUCCCCGAACUGGCUUCCACAUGGCUGGUGAAUGGCUGAAGUACCAGCUCACAGCUCCUGUUGAUACUGGACCCAUGAACUCUAAGACAGGCGAAGGUCUCUGCUCCAUCUUCUCUCCGUCCUUUGUGCAGUGGGAUGCCAUGACCUUCUUCUCAGAGAGCGUCAUCAGCCAGAUGUUUCGAACCCUGGAUAAAGACGAAAUCCCAGUGAACGAUGGCAUAGAUCUGCUGCAGCUUGUCCUUAAUUUUGAAACAAAGGAUCCUCUCAUCCUGUCCUGUGUGCUCACCAAUGUCUCUGCUCUCUUCCCAUUUGUCACUUACCGACCAGAAUACCUACCGCAAGUACUUUCCAAGCUGUUUGCUUCAGUUACCUUUGAAGUUAUAGAAGAAAGUAAGUUUGUUAUGUCUGUCCAGGCUCCUAGAACUCGAGCAGUGAAGAAUGUGAGAAGGCAUGCGUGCUCCUCAAUCAUAAAGAUGUGUCGGGAUUACCCUCAGCUUGUCCUGCACGUGAAGCAACUGCUCUCCAAUGAGCUACUUCUGACACAGAUGGAGAAGUGUGCUCUUAUGGAGGCCCUCGUCCUCAUAAGCAACCAGUUCAAAGACUACGAGCGGCAGAAAGCUUUCCUGGAGGAGCUCAUGGCUCCUGUUGCUGGCUUAUGGCUUUCCCCAGAGAUGCAGAGAGUCCUCUCGGAUCCUGAAGCCUUUAUCUCCUAUGUGGGUGCAGACAACAAAAUCGCCGAUCCACAGAGCUUGGUUUUGGAGAAACAAUUAGUUUACAUGGUUUUUGGAAAAACAGUCUCUCCACAUCUCUUGCUGCAGAUAAGCUUUUGCGUGUACACCAUUCUGGGAGUUGUGAAACGAGCUCGUUGGCCUGCAGCUACUGAAGAGGCAAAAGCUGGAGGAUUCUUGGUGGGAUACAUGCCCAGUGGAAGUCCAAUCUACCGUAAUCCCUGCACUGAACAGGUCCUGAAGCUUCUUGACAACUUACUUGCUCUUAUAAGGACUCACAACAAUCUCUACAUGCCAGAGAUGGUGGCUAGGCUGGGGGAAACGUUUGCAAAGGCCUUAGACAUGCUGGAGGUGGAGAAGAAUGCCAUCCUAGGUCUCCCUCAGCCUCUGCUGGAGCUUUAUGACUCUCCUGUUUACAAAACGGUCUUAGAAAGGAUGCAGGGCUUCUUUUGUACCCUCUACGACAACUGUUUCCACAUCCUGGGAAAUGCAGGCCCCUCCAUGCAACAGGAUUUCUACACCGUUGAGGGUCUUGCCACCCAGCUCCUCAGCUCAGCUUUCAUCAACCUCAACAACAUUCCCGAUUACAGACUGCGUCCCAUGCUCCGUGUGUUUGUGAAGCCCUUGGUACUCUCCUGCCCUUCAGAAUACUACGAAACCCUUGUCUGCCCCAUGCUGGGACCACUCUUUACCUAUCUGCACAUGAGGUUGUCUCAGAAAUGGCAGGUGAUCAACCAGCGAAGCAUGCUCUGUGAGGAUGAUGCUGCAGAUGACAACCCUGAGUCUCAGGAGAUGCUUGAGGAACAGCUGGUCAGGCUGCUGACCCGAGAAGUCAUGGAUCUCAUCACUGUUUGCUGUGUUUCUAAGAAAGGCGUUGAGCAUAACACUACUGCUGCUGUAGACGGAGAUGAUGAUGAGGCGAUGGCCACGGAGGUGACUCCCCCUACGAGCGCAGAGCUCACCGAGCUCGGCAAGUGUCUGAUGAAGCAGGAGGAUGUUUGCACUGCGCUGCUGAUCACUGCCUACACAUCCCUCUCCUGGAAGGACACCUUGUCCUGCCAAAGAACCACAACACAGCUUUGCUGGCCGCUGCUCAAACAGGUUCUUCCAGGAAACCUCCUCCCCGAUGCUGUGUCCUGGUUUUUCACAAGUGUGCUGAAGGGCUUACAGACACACGGGCAGCACGAUGGCUGCAUGGCAGCGCUUGUCCACCUGGCUUUCCAGAUCUACGAGGCCUUGCGCCCUCGCUACGCUGAGCUGAAGGCAGUGAUGGAGCAGAUCCCAGACAUCCAGAGGGACUCUUUGGAGCAGUUUGAUUCAAAGCUUCUCAACCCAACACUGCAGAAGGUGGCAGACAAGCGCCGGAAGGAUCAUUUCAAGCGCCUCAUCACAGGUUGCAUUGGGAAGCCCCUCGGGGAGCAGUUCCGCAAGGAGGUUCAUAUCCGGAACCUCCCAUCUCUCUUCAAAAAGGUGAAGCCAUCAUUGGAGACGGAUGUGCUAGAAAAUGAGGAUGGAGAGGGCCUCACUGCACUCUUUGAGCCCUGAGCCUGGGAUGCUGCAACUCUCUCCUCCCCUACCUUAUAUUUGUCUCUCAUAGUAAGCACAUUAGAUUCUCCUUGUCAUUGCCUCCACAAGCGUUCAUCUGAAUAAAGCCCCUUAUGGGUCCUGUCCCAUUCUCCUUUCUAUAGCGGGAUGGGGCCUGCGGUGGCAUUUGAACCAGUCUAUUAAGCUUUCCCUGAUUCCUUCCCCUCCCCUCCAUUGGAUGAGCAUCUUCAGACCUCUGCUGCUCUGCAAGGUAGGAGCUGAGCCCAUAGACUCCGUUAGGCAAAGCCUGGUCAUCCUGUAGCCUUGGGUCACUCUUGCUCCACUUCUUCAUCCCUUGGGGUUUAGGGUUAAUGCAAAAGGCAGAGUAGUGCGCCAUGUGAAAAGGGGCUACCCCAAUCUUCCUCUGGGUGCUAGUAGCUGGCCUUCGUAGGGAACACAUCAGACACUCCUGUCAUGCCUAUCAGCACUUGUCCCCAGCGGACUGGUGUUCUGAUGAAUCCGUUUCCCUCCAGGGUGCUGAGCCUUGGGCUGAGGGCUAGGUGCCAGGAAGCCUAGCAGUGCUCUAGGGUCUCCCUCGAGGUCAGCCUUUCUAAGGUGCAGCUGCUCUCUAGAAGGAGGCAGAUGCUGUCAUACAUAUAUAUACAUAUAGAUGUGUAUAUAUGUGAUCAUACAGCUUGUUCUACCCAGAGCCAAAGGGAAGGCUUUUACUUUGCGCCUGCCUUUCUUUGACAUCUCUUGGGGGAACAAGACAGAGUUUUUUAUUAUUAUUACUUUCUUUUUACCAUGCCCUGUAGACUAGAACGUGGCCAGUGCAGGGUACGCAAAAUCUGGACCAAUAUCUGAAGCACCUGCAAACCAAAAGGGAUCUCCUCACCCUGUUGCUGUGGAGGGGACAGUAGCCCAUGUUUUUACCCAGUCUGGUACUUCUUGGAGAAUUGUGUGGUGGGGCAGGAGGGGUGGGGUUUAUACUGCAGUUUACAGGGGGGGAGCCAGGUCAGAAACUGGUUUUUAGAUGAGGUGGGACUCUAUCGAACCACUCCAGUCUGCCAAGCUGGUGGUUCUGACAUGACAGAUGGUUCACUUGAUCUAUCCUAGUGUUAGCACAGGAGCUGGGAGGGUCUGUCUGGAGCUAGCUGGCAGUUUUGCCAUCCAGGAGACAGAACAAGGAAUAAACUGGUGGGUGGUGAAGGUGGUGUCUCCACUUGGACAGAUUGGACAGAAAAGCUGGGUGUGAGAAGGGUGGGAGUGCAGAAAGGAAGCUCGUGCUGUGGGAAUCCAGUUGCCCUCCUGCCCCUGCUGUUCCACCAGCACCCUCCACUUUCCUCCUGGCCUCAAACUUUUUUAACCUCUGAGCUAAUGUGGCUCCUGGCUCUAGCAAAGGCUGGGUGUAUUUAUUGUGUUGUGAUAUUUUUAACAUUCUGUGACUUCAUGCUAGACACAAGGGGUUUUUUUUAAAUGGUUUUUAGAACCUUUUUUGUAGGAAUGUUUAAAUCCGAAGCUGUCUCUGAACUGGUUGUGUUACACCUCUGAAUGUCAGUAAAGCUAUUCCAGUUUCAUACAUAUGGUGUCGUGGCUUCAUUCUUAUUCUUUUACCUAUUUCAGUAAGAAAGAUCUGUGGCCUCUGCUCUGCCCAGACUGCCUUCCUAAGGAUUGUUCAGCGCUCUUUAUUCCAGCUACCAAAAAGGGAGCACCUUUUCUGGUAGUCAACAUACAUUUAUGAGGGAGGGGAUGAACCAUUCCAGACUACGUCAUUAAAUUAGAAGGCAUGGGGAAAAUUGCACUUUGAGGUAUUUAUAUGUCACUCGCAGCUGGUUUAUAUUAAUUCCACAACAGCCACUAGGUCCCAGUUUACAGCUUGAAGCAAAACCCUUUGGCGUGGCUACUCCAGGGCACGUCCCAUGAGCAGUUUGGGAAAUAUAUGAAGCAAUAGCACAGGAAGGUGCAUGUGCUACUAAAGUAGCCUCUGAGCCCACCCCUGGCUACUGCUGGGAGGCACAAUGUCUCGGGAUUGUACGGGAGGUUAGCCAUAACUCUCUCAGCUCACCUCUUCAGUAACAUGGGAAGGUGAUGUAGCGAUUGCCUUUCCUCUCCCCUCACCUGACGGAGGUUGCAUGAAAGGUCUCUCUCACAAUAAAAAUAGAAGCCCUCAAAGAGGUGGGCCUGAGCAACAUCAACAAAAGUUUUUGUUACAAAACCUUUUCCCAAGGCCCAGCUGUAAUCCAGCUCAGCACAGAAGCUGCUUCAGCUUGUUUAAACUGAAAGGAUCCAGCUAGAAAUCACUACUUUUCAAAUGGGAUUAACACCUAAAGGAUGUUCACAGUCUAAGUAACUAUAGCCCAGUGCAACAGGUAGAGAAAAAGCAUGUUUUGCUCUAAAUUCCAGCACUGUAGUGAGGAUUGACUUAAGCAACUGGGACACAGCAGUACCCCCAGCCAUUCUCUGAAGUUCCAGUUCCUUCAUCAGCUUGUCAAGAGAGACUUCCAUAAGCCAAGACCAACCCGGUGCUGGCUAACAGCAGUGCUCACCACUGACACUAACUU